CCAUCGCCAACCUACCCACCUACUAUCUAUCCCACCAAACUCGGGUCCCCAACGAAUCAAUUGAAAAAAACGACACCAAAAAAAAAAGAUGUGGAGAGCUACUACCCCAUACCCAACACCCAACACCCCGUAACCACCGCCAGAUCCAGACCGGGCCCAAAAAAAGACUCAACAACAGCGCAGCCGCACAGUCUCUCUCUCCAACCAAACAAAACAAGACAAUCGCUCGUAUCUGAUCUCGUUUGGCCCUUGAGAGGCUGGCCUUCGCGCCCUGUCAUGCAAGUCCUGCGUGCAUACGAACGCUUCACCCCCUGCCAGAGCGCCUCAAAACGCACGUGUUUUCCAUCAACCUUUUUUAAACAUCCUCAUCAAUGCAUUGGCGUUAUUACGCGCAUCUCAGACGAAGUCAAUCAAUCUCGCCUCGCUCUCCUCCUGCUUUCGCUCUUCUCUUUUGAGUUAGGCUCUAGGAGACAAGAGAGGCCGGCGGCGCUUGGACUCUUCUUUUCUCUUGUCUCUCGUCGUGUUUUUCGCCACUCUUGUUCGUUCCGUGAGCUUGUUCUCUUGGUAUCUAUGGUUUUGUUGGAUUUAGGGGUCCAUGGUGUGUUUCCUUGGAACAUGGUUUUUUGCCCCCUCCUCUGCCCUUCCAUUCACCCUUCUCACCUGCAACUUGUUUACUUGGGUCAAAGGGAAAGGGGAUGGAGAGUUGUACCACUCAAUAAAUGA